GAACCUGUGAAGCCGCGCACCUUCGACCGCUCCGCCAUGAAGAGCCCAGCGGCCAGCGGCUUGUCGUUCUCGCAGCUGGCCCGCGGCUUCAAGACGCUGGAGGAGGCCCACGCGGCCGAGGAGGCCGACAAGAAGAGAGAGGAGGCGAAG